AGGGGGGCGAGUCAUGCCCGGGUGCCCCUAGCAACCUUUGGCCUCGCGCAGGCGCGCUAAACCCUGCCUUUAAACUCGGAGGCACCGCGCUGAGCAAACUGUACUGGUCGGCUCUCCAGGCCAGUACUUCGGGCGUCCCGCACACAGCCAUGUCAUCAGCCACCCGAGUGGCGCUGGUGACCGGGGCCAACAAGGGCAUCGGCUUCGCCAUCGCGCGCGACCUGUGCCGCCAGUUCUCCGGGGACGUGGUGCUCACGGCGCGGGACGAGGCGCGGGGCCGCGCAGCCGUGCAGCAGCUCCAGGCCGAGGGCCUGAGUCCCCGCUUCCACCUGCUGGACAUCAACGACCUGCAGAGCAUCCGCGCCCUGCGCGACUUCCUGCGCAAGGAGUACGGGGGACUGGACGUGCUGGUCAACAACGCGGGCAUUGCUUUCAAGACUGAUGAUCCCACACCGUUUCAUAUUCAAGCAGAAGUGACCAUGAAAACAAACUUCUUUGGUACCCGAGAUGUGUGCACAGAACUGCUGCCUCUAAUGAAACCCCAAGGCAGAGUGGUGAAUGUGUCUAGCGUGGUGAGUCUGAAAGCCCUUAAAAAGUGCAGCCCAGAACUGCAGCAGAAGUUUAGAAGCGAGGCCAUCACAGAGGAGGAGCUGGUGGGGCUCAUGAACAAGUUCGUGGAAGACACAAAGAAAGGCGUGCACAGGAAGGAGGGCUGGCCUGAUACUGCCUAUGGAGUGACAAAAAUCGGUGUCACAGUCCUGUCCAGAAUCCAUGCGAGGAACCUGAGUGAGCAGAGGAGAGGUGACAAGAUCCUCCUGAACGCCUGCUGCCCUGGGUGGGUGAGAACAGACAUGGCGGGACCUAAAGCCCCUAAAAGCCCAGAAGAGGGAGCAGAGACCCCUGUCUACUUGGCCCUUUUGCCCUCUGAUGCUGACGGACCUCAUGGGGGGUUUGUUAUGGAGAAGAAAGUUGAACAAUGGUGAGCUUAAUUCACAGCUCCAUCCAUGGAUCCCUUUAUGAUAACCCUCCUUUCACCAAAAGGACUCUUCCACUGUCAGUCAUAUCCCUCUCCAUAGCAAGAAAAUGUAUAAACUAUCCCUGUUGAGUAUUCAAUUUGAGGAGGCUACUAAUUCAGGGAUAAGGGACAGAAUAAAUGAAAUAACCCCAGAGAUGAAUAAAUCUCCUCUAUAAAUGCC